UCACACAUGCUUCAUAAAGGGCGCCGUUACAAUGGCUUUUCUGUUUCUCUGAGCGCAGAGCUACGGCACAAUAGGCCCAAAUGAAUGCGCCGGCCUGAUGUGGUCUCACUUCUAGCCAUUUUUCACCAGAUGACAGCAAGGACAACGCAGCCGGAUGGGGCAGCAUGUUUUCAAAGGACGCCCCUGAAGGUAAAAGUGCACGGCGGCGCGUCUCCUCCUCCGCACCACCUUAGUUGGAGAAGCGCACAGAACGAGGCUGCUGGACGCCUUUCACGCGUGUAAAUAUGAUACAAGUUGAAGUCACGUCACGGACUUACUAAAUGGGGCUUCUCCUACUGGGCCUGAUUCUCCGCUGCUGGAUCACCACCGUGGAGGGUUCAUGUUCAGGUGAUAGCGCUGCGACGUGUGAUCUAUGUCUCCAACUUGGUCCACAUUGUGCCUGGUGUACACAGGAGAAUUUCACCGACUGGUUGUCAGUCAGUGAAAGAUGUGACACACCGGAGCACUUGUUGGAAAAAGGAUGUGCUGAGAGCCUAUUGGAGUUUCCCAUUUCUAAGGGAGAAAUCCUCCAGAAUCAACCACUCGGGAAGAAGAGUGGCAACCUGAACCUCACACAGAUCUCCCCACAGAAAAUGGCACUCAAACUACGACCUGGCAGUCAGGUGACUUUCCAGGUGAAAAUCCAACACACUGAAGACUACCCUGUGGACCUCUACUACCUGAUGGACUUGUCAGCGUCCAUGUUUGAUGAUCUCAACAUGAUCAAGGACCUUGGCUCUACCCUGUCCAAGGAGAUGGCCAACCUUACCAGUAAAUUUCGCAUGGGCUUUGGUUCUUUUGUGGAGAAACCAGUUCUGCCCUUCAUCAAGAUUACAGAAGAGGAGCUCGCCAACCCUUGCAGGAGCGCAGACGCGACCUGCUUGCCGACGUUUGGCUACAAACACGUCUUGUCCCUGACGAGCAACACGGGCAAGUUCAACGAGAUGGUCUCGAUGCAGCACGUGUCUGCAAACAUUGACGUUCCAGAGUGCGGCUUCGAUGCCGUCAUGCAGGCAGCUGUUUGCGGGGACAGAAUAGGUUGGAGGAAUGAUUCCAUGCGUUUGCUGGUGUUUGUCAGUGAUGCUGACUCACACUUUGGGAUGGACAGCAAAAUGGCCGGCAUUGUGAUUCCCAACGAUGGCCAGUGUCACCUCGACACCAACAAUGAAUACUCCAUGUCCACAGAGCAGGAGUAUCCAACUCUGGGCCAGUUGAUUGAUAAAGUAGUGGAAAACAAUAUCUUACUGAUAUUCGCUGUGACGGAAAAGCAGAAGCUGAACUAUGAAAACUAUGCAAAUCUGAUACCCGGUGCCACCGUAGGAGUCGUGGCCAUGGAUUCUCGCAACAUCCUUGAACUGAUUCUAACGGCAUACAAAGAACUGCGAUCAGAGAUCGAACUGGAAGUCCUUGGAGACACCGAAGAGCUCCGAAUGUCCUUCUCAGCUAUUUGUCCAAAUGGCACAGUCCUUCCGGGGCUCAAACAUUGUUCUAAUGUCAAACCUGGAGAGAUGGUGGUGUUCAAUGUGUCUGUGGAGCUUCCAGGAUGCCUGUCUGGAAGCCGACGCUUCUCCUUAAAGCCAGUGGGCCUCCAGGACACUUUGGAAAUAGAAUUGGAAUCUCUGUGCUCCUGCGAGUGUGGGCGGCCUCCCGAAGCCGACAACAGCAGCCGGUGCACGGAGGGCCAGGGGACUUUCCGCUGUGGCGUGUGCGAGUGUCAGCCGGGUUUCUCGGGAGCGGAAUGCGAAUGCAAUGAGGAAAGCGCAUUGUUGAGCAACUGCGUGGCAAACAAUGAGAGCGAUAUAUGCAGCGGUCAGGGGCAAUGCUACUGCGGAGAGUGCGUAUGUGACAUGUCCAGCUUUGGUCACAUCUACGGGCCUUACUGCGAGUGUGACAACUACUCAUGUGUUCGCUUCCGUGGCGAGCUCUGUGGAGGCCACGGGGUGUGUGACUGUGGGGAAUGCCACUGCCAAAGUGGCUGGACAGGAGAGUACUGUAACUGCAGCAGCAGCAGUGAUGCAUGCCUUUCCGAAGAAGGAGUCCUGUGCAGCGGCAGGGGCAAGUGUGAGUGCGGCCACUGUGUCUGCUUGGUAUCGGGAGCAUCGGGGGACUUGUGUGAGAAGUGCCCCACAUGUGGAGAUGCCUGUUCCGUUGCAAGGACAUGUGUGGAGUGCCAUCUGCAAGCAAAAGAGAAUGCCGAGUUGUGUGAGCUAAACUGCAGUCUCCCCAACAUUUACAUCAACACAACAGCAGAAGUAGACAAGAGCGCCUUUAAGCAAUGCACGCUGAUCUCUGAAAAUGAGUGCUGGAUCUCGUUUAGUGUGCUCGGAGGGGACACGAUGACGGUCUACAAUCCUCACAUGUACGGUUGUCCCCAACCUCCCAACAUCCUCAUGAUCACCCUUGGCGUCUCACUUUCCAUUGUGUGCAUCGGACUGAUCCUGCUGGCUGUUUGGAAAGUGCUGGUGUCAGUUCAUGAUGGGAAAGAGGUGGCCAGGUUUGAGGCUGAGAUGGCAAAGGCAAAGUGGCAGUCGGGGACCAACCCACUGUUCAGGAGCUCUACAUCUACAUUUAAAAAUGUUACCUAUAAGAACAGAGAGCGGGAGAAGAUGAUUACAAUGAAUCACUACUGAGGAUGAGCUGGAGGCAAUGCCAACCAGCAUCUGAGUGCACUUAGUCUUUGUUUGUGUGUUAACGUGUGUGUGUGUGUGUGGGGGGGGGGGGCGGGGGGGGCGUGCGCGCAUGUGUUACAACAGGAAAGUGAUUUCUCGACAUUGUUUGUUUCUUUGUACUAUUGCAUGAAGCUCUGAAUUGGUUCAGAGUUGUAAGACAGGUAACUGACAUCUCUGUGAACAGAUGUGACUCUGUGUCAUACAUUUGCUGCUGUUUAACUGCAGUUUGCCUGCAGGUGCAAAUGCACACUGACUAACACACUGAUCUCGACUGUCUGUUGCCAGAACCUACAAGCUUCAACAUGGCAACACACAGCUGGGAGAGAACACUAAAAUAUUUGAGUGGUCGACUACUGAAAAAGCAACUGUUCUACUCGUUUUCAUCCGAUGAAUGUAAAUGUUAAGGUUAUGGUUUUAAAAUGUUUUUUCUUUUAUUGUAAAGUAAGGCUGAGCCUUAAAAUGUUCAUAAUAAAAUGGAAUGGUGUGGCACAAG